AUGGAGCACAUCUGGCGUGUUCAGAAAAGGCACGUUAAGUGCAUCCAGGAUCCGCCAGGUGUGUUUCUCUACACUGAGACAGGCACCACCACCAAGGGAGGGAUAGUCCUUACAAAGUACAGGUGUGCUAGGGGCUCGACCUCCCUUGAGUCUUUCCACUGCCACCUGAACAGGUUCAUUCCAGGAACCAGUGCUAACACACUGAAUUUUCAGUUGUAUCUCCUGGAAGGCCUGAACAGGUGGAACCAAGACAGGGCCACAGCAUCAGUCACCAUGAAACCCUCCCCUCUUCUCACCUAUGCAGGGCAGGUGGUGCAAAGCAUCAACACCAACAGCCUGAAUAUUUUUGGAGAGAAGCUUGUGCCCACCUUCCAACCUCCUGCACAAUACACUGGGGAGCUAAUUGGAGUGGACUACCUACUAAGUCAGACCGGGCAGCCACUUCAGUCAGUGGAUGCUGACUCUGAGCAGACGGACCAGCUGCUGGAGGAAGUGAAUGUAGAAGAGCAGGAUGAGGGAUUUGAGGAGGAUGUCAAUGAGGACCCAACACUGAGUUACCUCCUUGAAGAUGAAGCUGACUGGAACCCACCCACAGUUCAGUCUGCCGCUUCCUCCUCCCAGUCUGCUGCUGCCGCCUCAUCCCAGCCUGCCUUCUCCCAGUCUGCUGCUGCCGCCUCAUCCCAGCCUGCCUUCUCCCAGUCUGCUGCUGCCGCCUCAUCCCAGCCUGCCUUCUCCCAGUCUGCUGCUGCCUCAUCCCAGCCUGCCUUCUCCCAGUCAGUGGCUGCCUCCUCAUCCCAGCCUGCCUUCUCCCAGUCUGCUGCUGCCGCCUCAUCCCAGCCUGCCUUCUCCCAGUCUGCUGCUGCCUCCUCAUCCCAGCCUGCCUUCUCCCAGUCAGUGGCUGCCGCCUCAUCCCAGCCUGCCUUCUCCCAGUCAGUGGCUGCCGCCUCAUCCCAGCCUGCCUUCUCCCAGUCUGCUGCUGCCUCCUCAUCCCAGCCUGCCUUCUCCCAGUCAGUGGCUGCCGCCUCAUCCCAGCCUGCCUUCUCCCAGUCAGUGGCUGCCGCCUCAUCCCAGCCUGCCUUCUCCCAGUCUGCUGCUGCCGCCUCAUCCCAGCCUGCCUUCUCCCAGUCAGUGGCUGCCGCCUCAUCCCAGCCUGCCUUCUCCCAGUCUGCUGCUGCCUCCUCAUCCCAGCCUGCCUUCUCCCAGUCUGCUGCUGCCGCCUCAUCCCAGCCUGCCUUCUCCCAGUCAGUGGCUGCCGCCUCAUCCCAGCCUGCCUUCUCCCAGUCUGCUGCUGCCUCCUCAUCCCAGCCUGCCUUCUCCCAGUCAGUGGCUGCCGCCUCAUCCCAGCCUGCCUUCUCCCAGUCAGUGGCUGCCGCCUCAUCCCAGCCUUCAGUGGCUGCCGCCUCAUCCCAGCCUGCCUUCUCCCAGUCAGUGGCUGCCUCCUCAUCCCAGCCUGCCUUCUCCCAGUCUGCUGCUGCCUCCUCAUCCCAGCCUGCCUUCUCCCAGUCUGCUGCUGCCGCCUCAUCCCAGCCUGCCUUCUCCCAGUCUGCUGCUGCCGCCUCAUCCCAGCCUGCCUUCUCCCAGUCAGUGGCUGCCUCCUCAUCCCAGCCUGCCUUCUCCCAGUCAGUGGCUGCCUCCUCAUCCCAGCCUGCCUUCUCCCAGUCAGUGGCUGCCGCCUCAUCCCAGCCUGCCUUCUCCCAGUCUGCUGCUGCCUCCUCAUCCCAGCCUGCCUUCUCCCAGUCAGCUAUAUCCACAGUCCAGAAUGCACCAGAUUCCCCCACUCAGCAGCCUGAGGAGCUUUUGGCUGUGGACGAGCAAAACAUUCCAGGAAUGGAUCGGGUGGACAGACUGGCUGAGUAUUUGGUAGAGCUGAGGACAAGCACAGGGUUAACACUCAGCAGACAGCAGGUUGAUGACAUUGUGUCCCUGUGGCAGAGCCUGCUUGAUUAUGACAAGCAGCGGGUGACGUUUGCUGCCAGGCACCAGGACAGGCUGACCACAGGGAGGUUCAGGUCUCCAAAAAAGAAGGCUGUUUUUACUCCUGGGGUGGACAGCCUGAAACGAUGUGUUUUGGGGUCUACAGGUUCACCUGCCCAAUGGCCAGACUGCUGUCGUCUUGUGGAGGCCAUUUUCAUCAGGCUCUGUCGUAUACAUCAAAGUCCGAGGAGGAAGGGAAAGGGUACGCUGAGUCGCUGGUCUCUCAUUUUACACGAUUACCGCAAGAUCCGGCAGUUGAUCCUCUCUAACGGUGCCAUCAUGCAGGACACUACUCUCCAGCUGGUGGAGGUCAAUCAGACCACUCUGGUCCAGUGGCAUAAUGGCAGGGUUAAAAAGCAAGAUCAGACCCUUCUGCUUCAGGGAAUUGACCUACCUGACGCCUUUGGUGUUGCUGCUGAGGCUCUCCCACCUGCCAGUGUCCGUGCUGUUGCUCUACCCCAGGUCCAGGGAGAACAACAUAUCUACAACCUGCCACAGAGCACAGCUGGGCAAGCUAAGCUAAAAAGGCGCACCUCAUGCAGUGCAACUGAGGCAGUAAGACCCAAGCAGACAACCCCGAGGCCAAUAAUUCCUCGGCCUGUUGGCAACCUGCCACUAGUUCCUGUCGUCCUUCCCAGACCCAGCCCCAGCCCAACUGUCACCCUUGCCUCCCAAACUACCCCUACCAUGACAUUGAUUUUUGUCCCUCAAAACCCUCUUCCUACAACCCCAGCUACUUUGCAUUUAAAUCCCCAACCAAGUCACGUCCUCCCACCUCCUGCCACAGUCAGUCAGUCUCAACCCACUGUCCCUCGUCCGUACCACAGGAAGGUUGAGUCAAAUACCUGCAGGAAGUGUGGGCAGUUUAGGACAGCAGCAACCGGGCACAGCCAAUACAGAGGGACUAUCUACUGCCCUGCCACAGAGACUCUUACAAAAGAACAGUGGCUUGAAAAAGUAAAGAAAAAAUAAUUAUUAUUUUACAUGUGUGUGUAUGUGUAUAUAUAUAUGUACACACACACACAUUAUAAUAUUCUUUACCAAUAUGUAAAUAGUUUUUUAAAGUUUCUAUUUUUUUUAAUCUCUUUUUGUUUAUUAUUAAGUUGGUGAGAUUUUUUUUUUAAAUAAUUUUCCAAGUUUAUAUAUUUAUUUUUAAAUACUCUUUGCUAAUAUUUAUAUAGUUUUAUAAUGUUUCACCUUUUGUGUGUUUAAUAGUUUAAUUAAUAUAUUAUUAUUUAUUGUUAAGUUGGUGUUUCGAGCCCACUCAGGGACUUAUUAUUAUUUUACGUUUAUAUUUAUUUUUAAAUACUCUUUAAUAUUUACAUAGUUUUAUAAUAUUUCUUCUUUGGUGUGUUUACUAGUAUAAUUAAUCUAUUAUUAUUUAUUAUCAGGUUGGAGUUUUGAGCCCAUUCAGGGACUUUUUAUUAUUUUUACAUGUUUAUUUUUAAAAACUCUGUGCUUAAAUUUAUAUAGUUUUAUAAUGUUUCUACUUUUGUGUUUACCAGUAUUAUUAAUCUAUUAUUAAGUUGGGGUUUCGAUGCCCACUCAGGGAGUUUUUAUUUUACGUUUCUAUAUAUAUAUAUAUUUUUUUUUUUUCUUUAAAUACUCUUUGCUAAUAUAUAUUGUUUUAUAAUGUUUCUACUCAGCUUCUGUGUUUAUCAGUAUUAUUAAUCAGUGUUUCAAGUGCACUCAGAAACUUGUUUAUCAUUUUACAUGUUUAUAUGUUGAUAUUUAAAUACUCUUUGCUGAUAUAUAUAUAUAUAAUUCUAUAAUGUUAUUUCUACCAUUGUACAUUUGCUUCUAUCAUUGUAUAUCA